AUGGCUCAAACUGAGAAAAUUACUUUCAAAUCUAUUGUGUGGGUCCAAUUCUUACUAUUUUUUUUCAUAUCAGAUGAUACAGGAAAUCGACUUCGGUUCCAGCUGGAGCUAGAGUUUGUUCAGUGCCUGGCAAAUCCAAAUUACCUCAACUUUCUUGCACAGAGAGGCUACUUCAAAGACAAAGCUUUUGUAAAUUAUCUUAAAUAUUUACUUUAUUGGAAAGAACCUGAAUAUGCAAAGUACCUGAAGUAUCCUCAAUGUUUGCAUAUGUUAGAGCUGCUCCAGUAUGAACAUUUCCGCAAAGAACUGGUAAAUGCUCAGUGUGCUAAAUUUAUUGAUGAGCAACAGAUUCUUCACUGGCAGCACUAUUCGCGGAAAAGAAUGCGCCUCCAGCAAGCACUUGCAGAGCAGCAGCAACAAAACAACACCUCUGUAAAAUGAAAACCGCUUGCAAGAGUGAUAAGGUGUACUUUGUGGCAGUUGAAGUAUUUACAAGAGAAGAAUGAACCCUUUUGUAGGUUUGGCUCUGUGUGUGUGUACAUUUAAUUUUUGAUUUAUUAAGUGACUUUUUUUCUUUCAUCAACUUUUUUAAAGAUACAAGACUGAUAAACACCUACUUCUGCAAUUUCUUUU